GCGUUAACCUGCGUCAUCGUCACGAGCGUGUACACAUGGAAAAACUCGUCGAGAUUCGUCUUUUCGACCCUGACGGUGAAUUGGCUCGCGUAUAAGAACAGACCCCAGGGCCCGGGGCCCUCUCAUUUUCGUUCGUUUUUCGACCGGAACGCGCCACCGCGUCGAUCUAUUCCGUUCCAAAAUUUUCCAACAGUUUUUCGAGCUUCGAAGUCUGCUCGACGUUCAGUUUUAUGGCUACCUUUGAACGAUCCUUGUAACGAGCCUUGAUUCGAAGGUGAAUCCAAGAAGUGCAGGAGAAACUUUGAAUGUCGCGAUGGAGUACAUAAAACAAACAAUGUUGACCGAUUGCGAGAAACUUCCGUCCCUGAAACUCGGCGACUUCACGCUCGAGUUUGAGCUUGGACCACCUAGCGCGGAAUUGCAGGAAGUCGCUAAAAAGGAGCUACGAGAGACCCCUGAACUCCAGAAAGAAGCAAUUGCUCAAUUUAAAGAAUUACUCAAAGCCGAGACGGACCUAAAAGUUCCAUUGGAUAACGAGGCAUGGUUGAUCCGGUUCCUCAGGCCUUGCAAGUAUUAUCCGGAAUCAGCAUUGAAGCUGGUGAAACAUUAUUACAACUUCAAAGUGAAACACGCGAACGUAUACGAUAACUUGAAACCGAGCCGGGAAAAGAACAUCUUUGAACAAAAUAUCCUGACCGUGUUACCGAAUCGGGACCAACAUGGACGAAGGAUGUUGAUCAUCGAGCUGGGUAAAAAAUGGAAACACAACAAGUGCAACCUGGACGAAGUAUUCAAAGGAUGCGUCUUAUACCUGGAGGCAGCUAUGUUAGAGCCAGCUUCACAAAUCGCAGGAGCAGUUGUUAUAUUUGACAUGGACGGAUUGAGCCUUCAGCAAACAUGGCAGUUCAAUCCGCCGUUCGCGAAAAGGAUAGUCGAUUGGCUGCAGGAUGCUAUGCCGCUUAGGAUAAAAAACAUUCAUAUUGUUAAUCAACCAUACGUGUUCAAUAUGGUGUUCGCGCUGUUCAAACCGUUCCUUAGAGAAAAGCUGAAGAGCAGGAUCAUCUUCCAUGGCACGGAUCGCAAAUCGUUACACCAGUACAUUUCACCAAAAUGUCUGCCAGAUUGUUACGGAGGAAAUCUGCAAAUUCCAAGAGUAACUGGACCACAGUGGCUGGAGUUGUUGCUAAUGUGCGAUCAAGAAUACGAUGCGAUCAACUCGUACGGUUACAAGAAGAAGUAGUUCAUCUCCUUGGACGUAUGUAUCUUCAAAAGAAGAGCAGCAGAAACAGAAAAGAAAAUGCUUGCUUACAAUCAAAAAUCGGAUCUCGAGUCGAUUUUCGAACAAACAACAUCAGCUGUGGGUUUCUUUUAUCAAUGUGCUGAACCAAGAUUGGUCGUUCUACUCGCUUGCUUAUUUGUGAAGAACAUGUUACCCCUGUUGCGCUCCUAAUUGACUCUCUAUAAUUAUAUAUAUUUUUAUAAAAAAAAAGAAGAACAACGAAUCGUGAACAGCAUUAUGUAAUUCGUUACACUAGCCUCGAUUGUAUUAUUGAAAAAAAGAAGACAGUUAAACUGUCAAUAGGAUAAUUGAGUUAAGCUGUAAAUUAACAAUUUAUGAUAUUUAUGAUAUUAUUUAAUAAGGAGGAUCAGAAUGUUCUUAACAAACGAUAUAGAUUUUUGUUUAACGGUGGUGAGAUCUGUUAAUUAAGAAGACUUCAAUUCUUUUUUUUUUAAGUUUAUAAAUCAAUUUUCAUGUUGCACGAUUGGUAAAUCAUUUUGUCGAACAUUCCAACGAUUGUAAAUGUUUUGUACGGAGAAAAGUGUAAGAUAUUCCUCUCUGUAAAAUGUUUUUUAUUUAUAAUUAAAGAUACAUGAAAUAAAAUAUAUGACAAUCCGAA